AUGGCCCGCAAACGCAAAGCUAUCCAUGGCCAUGCAGCCCACAUACAUGGCGACAAAGCCCCCGUCUCCAAAAGGCAAAAAGUCGAUUGGUCCACCAUUGAUGAUUUCAAAGGCUUCACCAUCACCGCUGCAAACACCAAGCCUUACAAGAAGCCCGUCGCUAGCAAGAACAACAAGACAGGCGCAGAGGUCAAAACACCAAAGUAUCCGGGCCAAGAUGCGCCCUUGGAUGCCAACGUUGUACAGCAGAAUCCUUUUCCUGAAACUAAGCUCAGCACCGUUCACGUCAAAAUCUCGCCUGCGCUGCACUGGGAGAGCACUACUCGCUACCGAAAGUUCACCAUCAACAGCGAAGAGUUCCAAGUAAACCAAUUAGUCUUUGUCAAAAACGGCGAAGAUUCAGAUGGUGCCAAUCCGCCUCAUACCGUAGAGGGUUGGCUAGCCAAAAUCCUCGAGAUUCGCGCCGGCGAUUCCUCUCACGUAUUCCUCAGAGUCUUUUGGGCAUAUCGCCCAGAAGACCUACCCGGCGGCCGCCAGCCGCACCAUGGCGCUAGUGAAAUCAUUGUCAGCAAUCACAUGGACAUUAUCGAACCUCUGACCGUCCAGUCUCUUGCCGACGUGGUGCACUGGAACGACGAUCCAGAUAGCCUACCGCUGCCAGCAGACCAGUUGUUCUUCAGGCAGAGCUACGACGUCACCAAAAAGAGCAAUCCAUUCAGCGCACUGAACAAGUAUUGCAUCGACAAGCAGCCAAUCAACCCUGACGAGCUUCUGGUCCAGUGUCCCCAUUGUUCAGACUGGCUCCAUGCCCAUUGUCUUGAGCAGCAAGCAAUCCGGGACAUAUGCGAGAAACACAAGAAGAGGGGCCGGCCCAGUAAGCGUGCAAAAGCAAACAGUGAUGACUUGGCUGCAAAGCCUAGCCUUGACGCUAAACUAAGCGCCUCCGACGCUGGCAAGACUCGCCUUACAAUUACAGAAAACCCCACAUCAGAGGACAAGACAAGACAAUGGGACGUUGAUAUAUCAUGUUUGGUGUGCGGCAAGGUCAUUGAGACAGCGGAAGAUGCAUUGAAGCCAGUUGAUUCUAGUGCCUCACCUGGUGUAACCGAAGACACGGAAAGCGAAAACGUCACAGUUGCUACCGCCGCCAAAGACGGCCCUCCACAGGAUACGGUAAAGAGCGAUCCUGAUGCUGCACCAACAGACCCAGCCAAGACGAAUGGUGAGACCGUCAAAUCAUCCUCUCCCGUCUAA